CGAUGAAGCCAUCUGUCAUUUUGUCUCUUUCGAUAUAUUGACUUGUGUGCUGUCAGCACGUGUAAGGGUCUAUCAGUUUGAGCUCCAAAGACAUCUGAAAUCAAGUUAAUUCAAGGUUAAAGUCACCUAGACACUGACCAGAGGAUCAUGGGCUCUCAAGAUCAUUCACCAGGGAACACAACCAAAAACCCGGACACAGAUGACAACUCCAGCCAACCAAACAGGACAUCUGGCUUACCGCCCAGCCUAAAAACAAGUUCACUGAGAAACAACAUAGGACCCAGGCCAGACUGGUUGUUGUACACUUUCCCUGGUCUUGCUUUUGUAAUAGGGAUUGUUCUGUUUCUUUUGGUCCUCAAAACCCACAAGAAAAGGACAGGUGGAUAUUACCACAGGGACAUGAAAGGAUGUUCUUCAGUUAAGCAAAUAAAAAAUGAUGCUAUGGGAGAUGCUUAUUUGACUAAAGCUGACACCCAAUCAUAUGAAAAUGUGCUGGCACCUAUUUACGGCAACCAGGAGGGAGUGUGUUUCUUUGUACAAGAAGAAGAUGAUGACUAUGUUAACCCUGAUGAAGAUGAUGCAGCUGAGAUGCUUGCUCAGAAUCAAGAUUGUCUCAAUCUACCAGACACUCUCACAGAGGGUGAAUCUUACGAGAACAUGGAAGGACUAUAUGCUCAACCUCGCAAAAGACAAACCAGUGGCCAGGAGGAGGAUGAUGACUAUCUGGAUCCUGAUGCAGAGGAACAGCAGUGGCAGGGAGGACAUUCACCACUGGAGCAAACUGACACUGAUUCAUAUGAAAACAUGGACCAACAUAUCCCAGCUCAUCAAGAAGACAGUGAUGAUUACAUAAAUCCUGACACAGAUCAGGGGAAUUGUUCCAGACUGAUGAGCUACUCUCUGAACAGAGGGGAUUACUAUACUGAAAGUUCCUAUGUGAGCACGGAGGACAAUCUUAUGGCACCCAUAGAGGAUGAGGAGUGGGAUUAAAGGUAUUGCAGAGGUCGGCGUUGUGUCCAUUGUGAGGAAUAGAGGGGAGCUCUGUUCCAGUGAAGAAUCAACAGAAGGACUCGGAAUUGAAUCGCAUAUGUCUGGACGUCGGACAUGCUAUGCUCAUUCUAUGUCCCACUUCUUCACCUGAUAAUUGAAUUGACACAUGCAUUCCUAUUAUAGUAAUACACUCAAAAGUAUGUUUACAAACUACUCUGAAAAACGUAUGCAAGGUCAUCUUUAGGAUGUUUUUCUUGUCAACAAAUACCACAUUUUCAUAGUUACGAUCAGCAGGUUGUUUGUGAAAAGACAGGAAGAGGUUUGGAUGGUCGUUUCAAGUGCUGAAUGGCGCAAACGUUUCUCCAUUUGUGGUGUGAUCAGAGAGCAAAAGCAGACGCAGUUGAACACGUUACAUUCUUCAGUAGAUUCUCCAACUUGUCCCGUUGACUCUAUAAAAUGACCAUAGUGCAGUUUUGUAGUUAGUGUAACAGCAUGUAGAUCUUUUUUUUCUUUAGUUCUGUAAUAAAAAUGCAGAUUGUGUUCUCCUCUCA